CUGUGUGAAGCACACUCCCUCAUACACAUCAAAUAUGAUCAGCUGGUUUCAGGAAACCAACUAACUAAACUUCAUCUUCUGCCUGAAAUCAAGGAGCCGUGUUUCUAAACGGCCUUAGCGACAGUAACUAAGGGGCGGGGCGAGACGCCGUGACAUCGCGAGAACACUCCGCGGGAUCCCGCAGCGCUCCUGUAUCUCAGCCUGAAGAGCUCCGAGACCAGAAUCCAGACUCAGUCCAGGACAACACGGUCCACCAGUCACAGCGGAGACCUGCAGGACGAUGGAGAACCAGAACCCGGACCACAGGAGCCAAACAGCAGCCUCGUGCUCUGAUAGCGCCGAUGUUCAGGAGCCAUGUUUCUAAACGGCCUUAGCGACAGUAACUAAGGGGCGGGGCGAGACGCCGUGACAUCGCGAGAACACUCCGCGGGAUCCCGCAGCGCUCCUGUAUCUCAGCCUGAAGAGCUCCGAGACCAGAAUCCAGACUCAGUCCAGGACAACACGGUCCACCAGUCACAGCGGAGACCUGCAGGACGAUGGAGAACCAGAACCCGGACCACAGGAGCCAAACAGCAGCCUCGUGCUCUGAUAGCGCCGAUGUUCAGAAACAAAGAGGAAGACAUGGACUCAAAUGUCACCGCUGUCAGCACUGUGACAAAUCCUUUACAACAUCUGGAUAUUUAAAGAUUCAUCAGAGACUUCACACUGGAGAGAAACUGUACAGCUGUGACCAGUGUGAGAAAGCUUUCACUACAUCUGGUCAACUUAAAAUCCACCUACGUGUUCACACUGGAGAAAAAGCGCACAGCUGUGACCAGUGUGAGAAAGCUUUCACUACAUCAGGUCAACUGAAAAUCCACCUACGUGUUCACACUGGAGAAAAAGCGCACAGCUGUGACCAGUGUGGAAAAGCUUUCACUCAACCAGGUCAACUUAAAAUCCACCAACGUGUUCACACUGGAGAGAAACCAUACAGCUGUGACCAGUGUGGGAAAGCUUUCAGUACAACAGGCCACCUAAAAAGCCACCAACGUGUUCACACUGGAGAGAAACCAUAUUGCUGUGACAUAUGUGGAAAGGCUUUCACUCGAUCAGAUCACAUUAACAAACACAGACGUGUUCACACUGGAGAGAAACCCUACUGGUGUGAACAAUGUGGGAAAACUUUCGGUCGGUUUGAUAAGUUAGAAAAACACAGACGUCUUCACACUGGAGAAAAGCCGUAUUGGUGUGAACAAUGUGGGAAAACUUUCCGUGGGGCUGAUAAGUUAGAAGUCCACCGCCGUGUUCACACUGGAGAGAAACCGUACUGGUGUGAACAAUGUGGGAAAAGUUUUGCUCAAUCAGGUAACCUAAAAGCCCACCGACGUGUUCACACUGGAGAGAAACCGUACAGCUGUGACCAAUGUGGGAAAGCGUUUAAAGAGCGUCGUACACUUAGAAGCCACAAACUCAUUCACACCACAUCAGUUCACACUGGAGAGGAACUGUACAGCUGUGACCAGUGUGGGAAAGCUUUCACUACAUCAGUUGCCUUAAAAAUCCACCAACAUGUUCACACUGGAGAGAAACCGUACUGGUGUGAACAGUGUGGAAAAACUUUUGCUCGAUCAGGUGUCCUAAAAAUCCACCAAUGUGUUCACACUGGAGAGAAACCGUAUUGGUGUGAACAAUGUGGGAAGGUUUUCACUAGAUCAGUUCACCUAAAACACCACCAACGUGUUCACACUGGAGAGAAGCCGCACUGGUGUGAACAGUGUGGAAAAACUUUCAGCAGAUCUGAUAAGUUACUAAUCCACCAACGUGUUCACACUGGAGAGAAACCGCACUGGUGUGAACAGUGUGGAAAAACGUUCUCUCAGUCAGGUCACCUAAAAAACCACCAACGAGUUCACACUGGAGAGAAGCCGUAUUGGUGUGAACAGUGUGGAAAAACUUUUGCUCGAGCAGGUGUCCUAAAAAACCACCAACGUGUUCACACUGGAGAGAAACCUCACUGGUGUGAACAAUGUGGGAAAGUUUUCACUAGAUCAGUUCACCUAAAACACCACCAACGUGUUCACACUGGACAGAAACCAUACUGGUGUGAACAGUGUGGAAAAACUUUUGCUGAAUCAGGUAACCUAAAAAGGCACCAACUUGUUCACACUGGAGAGAAACCUCACUGGUGUGAACAGUGUGGAAAAACGUUUGCUCGAGCAGGUGCCCUAAAAGUGCACCAACGUGUUCACACUGGAGAGAAACCGUACUGGUGUGAACAGUGUGGGAAAUCUUUCGCUCAUCCAGGUGCCCUAAAAGUGCACCAACGUGUUCACACUGGAGAGAAACCGCACUGGUGUGAACAGUGUGGGAAAACUUUUGCUCAAUCAGGGGACCUAAAAAAGCACCAACGUGUUCACACUGGAGAGAAACCGUACAGCUGUGGCAAAUGUGGCAAAUCUUAUACCGACAGGAGAACCCUUAAAGAACACAAAUGCAUUCACAAAGAAUCAGUGUGACAGUUUUCACAGAGCCAAGCUAGCUGUUUCCUGCUGCCCUGAAUACAACCACCUGUUAUCAUGUGACUGUAUUAAUAACAAUAAUAAACAGAAGGACUAGUAACAAUAAUUGAAGUGGGGGUGUGUUAUCCGACAUUAGCAAAAUUAAAUAAGGUUGAUUGAGGAACUGACAGUUUGUUAUAAAGUCAUUGUGACCAUGGCCAAGCCAUCAAAAAAUUGAUUUUACCUAUAUCAGUGUGUCUGGGGUCUUAAAGUCUUUAAAAAGUUAAUAAAUCAAUUUUGGGAAAAUUAA